AUGUGGAAAAGAAGUCCAAGUAAAGUAGAUAGAGAUAAUGUUAAUAAAACUGAAUUUUAUUUCCCUAGGGAUGAGUUUGAACAAGAUUUGAAGAAAUUGAGAGAAAUCUUGAUUAUGGGAAACGAAAAAAAUGAGCCAGAAAAGGAACAAGAACCAAAAGAAAGUGACAUACAAUUAAAUCAAAAAGAAAUCACUCAAGAGAAAUCUAAACUGAAUGAAUCUACAAAUUUGUGUGAAGGAUUGUCGACGACGGAUUCAAAAGAGGCACAGACAGAGCCAAAGACACACGAGCCUCUUAAAACCACUUCAAAAACUCCAUUAAAAAUUAGAGAAAAUCUUCAAUAUCUUUUAGGUAUCAAACAACAACUGCCAGAAAAAGUAAAUUGCCCAAGAACUAAGGAACAACAGAAAUUAGAAGAUGUCACACAAAGGAGUACAUUUCCAUGUAGCCGAUUAGCAUUAGAUUCACCUCUUCAAUGUGCUGCAUUCAUCACACAAUUAGAGAGCUUACAAAUCAAUAAAGAUGAAUAUUUCUUUUACUACAAAUGGGUACUUUGGAAGGAAACUACAGAAACUCUUGAAUCGGGCAAAAAAUUAUCGUUACGACCUAUCCAAAUUAUUGAAACAAAUUUAGAUUUAAAACUGGCUGCAAAAUAUUAUAAAAGGAAUCUUGACCAAGAUAAGUUAAUAUUUUUCAAAUUGGGAUUUAUUCCAAACCGAGAAGAGGGAAUGAAAGAUGGUGCAAUUAUUGGAUUUCAAACCCCAUUGGCUAUAUCCGGGGACAUGUUGAAGCAAACCUUAGUUAUAGUAAUGGGUGAUGGUUUCUAUCUUCCUAAAUCCAUCUAUCGUAAGUCUACUCUAAUCUAUACAGAACGAUCUUUUAACUAA